ACUUUCUACACGUAUAUGAUAUACGAGUGUUGAGUGAAUAUUCAAUAAUUUAUAACACAAUUACGAAACAGUAUUUUGUGUGCAACACAUAAAAGGUGAAACCAAACUGCUGAGCAAACAUGUCGAUGCCAUCGGACACCGUACCCGUGAUCUACAUCCCGGAUGAGUUGCGCCAAUCGGAUCGCAUACAGCGUCUGGUCAAGCAUUUCGAGUCGAAAUUUGGUGAUAAACCGGUAUUCCUGGUGCGGGUGCCCGGGAGGGUCAACAUCAUUGGCGAGCACAUCGACUACGUGGGCUACUCGGUGUUCCCCAUGGCUCUCAAACAGGACAUCGUGAUGGCCGUGUCCCUCAACACCAGUCCCCAGAUUGAGUUAACCAACUUAGACGCCGACAACUACUCGGACGUCACCAUCGAUGCCACGAACCUGGAGUUCCCGCAACCGCCCCAAUGGUACCACUAUUUCCAGUGCGGCUAUAAGGGUGUUGUCGAGCGGUAUUGCAACGGUCAGCCCCCUCUGGGUCUCAAUGUGGCCGUUCACGGGUCUAUACCGCCCAGUAGUGGUCUGUCCAGCUCGUCAGCCAUGGUCUGUGCCUCGGCUUUCGCC